AUGGCUGAUAUACCGCACAUUUUUACUACAAUCAAACCUCUCAUAGAGAAAGUUAUCAAACAACCCACCCGAAAAAACAUAACAAAAUUGAAUGAACAUCUUCAGAAAGCCGAUGACCAUGGUGUGCAGAUGUUCCAGAAUGUAUUUCUGCAGCAAUUGAUCAUCAUCGUUGACGGUAUAUCAGGAAUAAAUCAACUCGAGCUGAAAACUUACGUUCUAGAAUGCAUCAUAACUAUUCUGAAGAAGAGCCGUGUUACCAAAGCUUUGGUACUACAAACAACACUGCUAGUCUCAUUGAAACUCAUAUACGAUAAAACGAGUGGAUCCAUACUCCCGGGUCUUUCCGAAGAGUACAAACUAGCGGUGCUGAAAGUGUUAUCACUCAUCACUCGUCGCAUCGAAUCAGGAUUAGUCGAGAGCGUGUAUGUGAAGGAAAAUCAAACGAUGCUCUCACAGGCGAUUUUUGUGUGCGUCUGUAUUUUGCAUACGGAUCGUGCUCGAAACCUUCGUUUUCAAGCAGUUGAUACUAUUUUAUCUCUGCUGCAAGUACACGACGAUUUUGACUUCAACGACGCGGUUCUUCGCUGCCAAGUUGCCGACCUACUCUUCAUAAUUCUCCCCAAACUCCUUGUUACGUUCGUGUCCAUUAUAAACGGUGACGAAAAGCAAGGUUCGGCUGUCUUUCGGAUAGCUAUCAAAGCUCUUGGGAGAACGUUGAAUUUAUUUUUUGAAGAUUACUCCAAAGAAGCUAUGAGCGAAGAUUUCGACGUUGAACGAUUUCAAAAAUUAGCUAAAAGUAUGACUGGAGACAAGAAAAAAGCAAACAUAUUAGGAAUGGGAUUGAAUCAACACGAUAAGAUUAAAUACUACAAUGAAACGUUGCGUUCUCGCGAGUGGUUACUGGAAGCUGAAAAAAAGGUCGAACAAAUUCUUUAUUUGAUUAUUCACCUCCGAGGUCACGAUGAGGAACUGAUUCGUUGGGAGUUUGCAAAAAUGAAUUGCGAAUUAUUGAGAAACGGCUCGUAUAACAUGCCCAGCUGCUCUGUGCAUUACCUGCAAACAGUCAUUUCUAUGUGCCACGAUGAGUCCCAACGCAUACGAGAUAUUUGCCAAAAGUGUCGUAAUACGAUCUUAAGUUCUUCUAUAUCUUUCGUUGGUAUUCGGAUGGAUGAACAUUUUUAUGAUACGUUAAACAAGCUACCUCGUAUCAUAUAUCGGGGCGAAGAACGCGAGCAGAUAGCCAAUUUUCGGCUCGUUACCGGAUAUCUAAAAUUCUUCACUGAAUCUCAAUUGACAAAUGUGUUUUCAGCUCAAAGUACCAUAGAACAAUUCAUCACGGUCUUGCUUGUCGGAUCAGAACUCCAGAGUGUCGAGGAGCUGAUACGCAGAGAAUAUACUUCAUAUCGCUUCGAGUACGAAGAAGGCUUCCGAACGCAGAAAGAAAAGAACGAAUCGCGUUGGAUAGUAAUGAAAAAUUUACGCUCUCCUCGAGCAAAAGAAGCCUUUCUUGAUCUCUUCCGCGCUCUGCAAUCCCACGAGCAGGCAGUAAACACGGUGUUGAUGUAUAUUUUAGAAGAUUUCUACUCUUCGAAGCUCAAUAGCAAUGGUUAUCUUUUUAUUCUGAGUGAACUAAUUCCAAAUUUUCCCGAAAUUAAAUUUUCCAACAUGGAGCCGGUCAAGAUGCUGCUUUCAGAAGUGCUUCAAACCCAGCAUUGGUUUUUAGAAUUGGAUGAAAAUGAAAAUAUAGCUGACCAGAAGUUCAAUGCGUUGCAUAUUUGUCUCGUGGUUCGCGCCAUUUCGAAGAUAGCACGCUUGAUGAAGGAGCAUUUCCGAUUGUUCCUGUAUGAUGCUUUGCGAAUACUGUUACAGUGCUGUGGCAGCACUUUGAACUGCAUCAAUGAAUCGACGGAAUUAGCACUAGAUGCCGUAGCAGAAGCGCUUGGAAUGUCUAGCAUUGAGCAGCUGAUUCACAGCAAUCUCGAUUACAUUUCGCAACAGGUGACUCGCUGUUUACGACGAACGGAACAUUUUCGAGAUGGCAUGUGCAUUUUGGAGGCGGUGCUUCGCUUCGUGCCGUAUGAAACGUCUGAUGUGCUCGAAUCGACAGUUACUCCAAUUGUGAUGAACAUCCUCGACAGUUAUUCACAGUACGGGGCAAGGAAUUCUAUCGUCUGCUUACGGGUGCUACAAAUAUUCAUUCAUUCCAUAAGAUUACGCUAUCAAGAACCACCAGAAGUGCAGGAUGGGGCUACAAAUAAAAAAGCUAUCAAAAACCUUUCGGAACAAAUAGACCGGUUACAAGAAUUACUGCAACGAGAAGUUGGUAACGAACAGGAUUUUCUGGAAGAAUUGAACACACCGUUUAAAAAAGACGGCAAUAACGAGCAACAAAAUGAUAUUGAAGAGGAAUCUAAUGAAAACGAAGAAAUUAGCAAAGAGUUGCCUUCGCACAUAAAGAUUGUGUUGCGAAUAUUGACUGUUAACUUUAAAUAUCUAGCCUCAUCUGACGAUGCAGCGCGAAUUGUUUCACUUUCAACACUCAACGAAGGAAUAUACAUUCUGCAGCACCAUGAAAAUGAAUUGUUGCCUUUAGUGCAUCAAAUUUGGUUCAAUUUUAGCGAGCGGUUCUCCGACCGUCAUCCAGCCGUCAUCAGCAAUGCAUUUGAUCUGUUAGUUACACUGGCUCGUCUUUCAAAGGAUUUUAUUAGAAAACGGUCACUAAGUGAUGUGCUUCCCAAAAUAUACAAGUUUAUGUUGGAUCACUGGGACACCGAUGCUAGUGCACAUCAAGUGUAUAAGUUGCAAUGCAAAUUUUUUGCUCAUAUUGAUGAGCUAGUACGGAAUCUUAGUUUUGACGAAAGAGAAAUGGACCAAGUUCUAGAGGUCGUACGAUUGUACCUCCAAAAGGCCGAACGGCGCGAGCUGAAGAAACUGGCUGCCGAAUGCAUGAACCGCAUGAGAUCGAUCAAUUCACUUGCAGUAUUUUUGAAAUGUAGUAAAUUUGGUUAAAGUAUGUUAUUAAUCGUAGUAACCCAUACAUAUUUCAAAAGAAACUAGCUACGUUCCUGUUGCUUUUCACAGUUUUGAGCUUGUUUGAAACAUAUUUCUGAGAAAUUAUGUUGCCUAUCACUGAAAAGCUUGAAAGCCGUAUCGUUGAUUUAACGGAACUGAAUAAAUUAGG